GCGGCGAGGUGCAUCGUGGGAGAGUUGGCGAUCUCCAUCAUGGCGGCUUCCAUUUCGGGCUACACCUUCAGUGCGGUGUGUUACCACAGCGCCAACAGCGACGCGGACCACGAAGGAUUUUUGCUGGGAGAGGUAAGACAAGAGGAGACAUUUAGCAUCAGCGAUUCACAAAUCAGCAACACUGAAUUUCUGCAAGUAAUAGAAAUCCAUAAUCAUGAACCUUGUCCAAAGCUGUUUAGCUUUUAUGAUUAUGCUGGGAAAAUUGAUGAAGAGAGUUUGGACAGGCUUCUUAAAGAUCGAAGAAAGAGCGUCAUUGGGUGGUACCGGUUUAGGAGGAACACUCACCAGCAGAUGUCCUACAGGGAGCAGGUCCUCCAUAAGCAGUUGACACGCGUCCUGGGGGCGCCUGACCUCGUCUUCCUUCUCGUCAGCUUCAUCUCCACUGCAAACAAUGCCACUCACGCCUUAGAAUACGUCCUGUUUAGACCAAACCGAAGGUAUAAUCAAAGGGUGUCGCUCACUAUCCCCAACCUGGGCAACACCAGCCAGCAGGAAUACAAAGUUUCUUCAGUGCCAAACACUUCUCAGAGCUAUGCCAAAGUUAUUAAGGAGCACGGUACUGACUUUUUCGAUAAGGAUGGAGUGAUGAAGGACAUCAGGGCAAUUUAUCAGGUGUAUAAUGCGCUUCAGGAAAAAGUCCAGGCAGUGUGCAUAGACGUAGAGAAGAGCGAGCGCAUGGUCGAGUCUUUUCAGGCAGAGGUGAACAAAUUAAAAAGACAAAUCACUCACAGGAAGAAUGAAAAGGAGCAAGAAAUAAGAUUGCAGCAGGCCCUAUUGAACAGGCAGUUGUCUGCAGAAAGUUCAGAGCCAGUGUUCAGUGCUCGGCUGCCAUAUUCUGGGUUUGAGGUGGAAGGCAGCGCCCUUGGAGAUGCCGAGCCCUCUGACCCACCCCCUCCUUAUUCAGACUUUAACCCAGCCUAUCAAGAGAGUACUUUGGGCCAUUCUCUCCUGGACAGUAGCGUCUUUAUGCCUCGACCUCAGGCUGUAGGCUCCUCCAGUUUUGUUUCCACAAAUGCAGGAUUGAAGUAUUCUGGCAACAGCACAGCCCUGCCCCUGCCCCACAGAGCAGUGGGAGACAAUGCGGAUGACUCAGAAGACAGUGAUUGUGGUCCUGGGGGUCCCUCUCCUAGCGAGUGCUUACACAGGCGGGGUUCCCGGCCGACGACGCAUCCUGACGGAGACUCCAGGAGCACUCAGACCUCUCAGAUAUGAGGGAAUGCCACAGACUCUCAGUGUAGCACUGCUUUUCUUCUCUGUUGUCGAAGGUCUUUUAGGGGACUUAAUUUCAGAGAAAAAUACUGCUUUGCAGAAAUGGAGACUCCCCGAGGAGGCUUCUUGUGCACAGAAGGCACGCAGAGACUUGCCCUCCAUGGCUUUACCCGCCUCGUGAUACAGUUUGCAAGUUUCAUAAUGGAAGCAUUAGGAUAAUCAAGUUGUACUAAUACUGAUGAGAUCCAUGGAUGUCUUGGUCAAUUAGGCAAAGUGAAAUUUAUAGAAACCUUUUAGUUUUGGUCGCCGUAUUUUCAUUAAAAUAAAUUGGGAAUUGGAGACUGAGCACAAUUAGUCUAUAAAUGUCCUAUAAAAAUCAAAAACUUACCUCUUGCACUAUCAUGCCUUGAAAUUUAGUUUUUGAAAGGGAAGCAGGUUCAGCAGUAGCCUUCAAAGAAACUUUCUACGAUGAGCCAAAUUAUUCUUUGCCAGAAAAGAAAUUUUGAUAAUUCUAAGAAUUAGCCUGAUUGGAACACAUCGGACGUACCUUCUCCAAGCUGCAUGCCCUUUUGAGAUCAGAAGGGAAGGGUUCUGUUUCAACUUUUUUACUAGCCAGAUGUGUGUAUCACUUAAAAUGGUUGCCUUUUUACAUAGGAAUACUAAUUCCCAGUAAACAAUCACCCAUGGAAGUAGGUCCCAGAGUUCUUGGUGUGCGAGGUCAAGAUCGAGGUCAUGGGCUCCAGUGGCGACGUCACUGCCUGAAGAUAGAGGGCACACAGAGUACAAGGAAAGAGCCUUGGGCAUCUUAUCUAGAUUUUGUAACAAAAAGAUUCCAAAUGUGAUUUUUUUUCCCCAGAGAUUAUGUAUAAAGGAGGUAAUUGAUUUAUGCCUUCGAAUGAAAUUAUUAAUGUAGUUUUAUGGAAGGCCUAUGGGGAAGGGCCUAUAAUGGAAACAAAUCCGUUUCAUUAUGUUGGUGAUUAAAGAUUUGUUUUACAUUUGAAGAAUAGUACUUAUAAGGGAAAAAAGUUGCCAUUUUGGAGACAAAGUGGUGUGGGUGUGUGCUUGCGGGUGUGUGUACGUGUGUGUGCGCGUAUAGAUUUUUAUAUUGGGAUGCACUUAGGCUGUUAUUUAAUUACCGCUUCUCUUCUCAUUUUGCCCAAAAGAUGUGAAAUGGGGCCCCUGAAGUCCCAGGGGCUUUUUGGUUCUGAGCUUGCAAAUGACAAAACCUGCCAUUAACCGUGAGGUGAGCACCUGUGUGUUUUGAAACAUAACUGCCUUUCCUUUGACUUCCACAAAACCGACAGGAGCAAAGACAUCCCAAGAGAGACAGUGAAAGAGGAGGCUCUCCUGGCCCUGCUCCUGUGCUAGUUAGAUGAUGCGGUCCGAAGAGGGAUGUGCGCCAGCUCAUGCUUCAGAGGUCCUCUUUCCUGUCGAACGGUCUCCAUUUGUCGAGAUUGCAUUCUUUGUUCGCCUUAACACGACUGCUUGGGAUUUGGCUUGGGAUAUUGCAGGCCAUUUUCAGACAGACUUGUUUGGUUUUCCUGUCUGCUCUCUACAGACAGCUCUGGGCUGGUGGAUGGGAGGAGACAUGCUGCCACCCUCCCCUCAGGGCAGUUUUCUUCACCAUAGGAAGAUAUUUUUAUUUUGAUGCCGCACAACAGUCUGCAAUGUACGCCUGACAAAGCCGUGAAUGUGACAAUAAAAGCCUAUUUAAUCCUGUA